CUUGAACUCUCCAAGGCUGUAACAAUGCCUAAGCCCAAGCCGGUACCCCCUCCACCGGAUGAUGAGCGGUAUUUUGCGGUCUGGAAUCCUUUCCCUCGCCUUGCGAACAUGGAAUUGCCUGGAGAUCACCAGUCUUUCGCUCGCUGGUUCGCCUGUGUUCUAGGGACUCCAGAACCAUUUCAUGCAAUAUUCCAUAAACCCACCAGCCCUGGUAUCGUGAUUGUGGAAGUCGACAAGAAGUUUGAGAAUGCGUACGGAGGGACCGGAUGGAAAAGGAUUCUCGGAGAGCACAAGUGGGCCAAGGUCUUGAGGAAACCCGACGCGGAGGAGAAAGAUCUCGUCACUCGGAUUUUCUUUUCGCAUUACAGCAAUGCUCACGAAGUCGAAAAGAUCGGAUGGAAACGAAUCUUUGUCCAAGACGCCUGGUUCGAGGGCUGGCAUCCCAACAAUGAAUACAUCACUUUCCCAUACCCCGAGACGAGCUAUUGCGAUACGCCCUCUCAGCAUGAAGAUCCCACGAACUAUAAGCUAUGCCGCCCCCUGCCUGUCAUGAUACACCGUCCCCCCGUAAAGGCUGCGCCUCCUCCAGAAAGAAGUGUUACAUAUGGGUUGGCGGCGUGUAACAGACUCGGCUCUCCGGCCUAUUACGAACUCAAAGCGAAGGGGAAACGGCCAACUGGUCCGCCUGUCAUUGACGCUCGGAGCGUUACACACGCUAGUCACCCCAACACUAAAAUCGGUAAGGGGAAAAAUAAGUCAACGGUCAAUGGCGCUGCCUCCAACGCGAACAAGACGCCCGCCUCAUCAGUUUGGGGAAUCGACUUGGGCGAGAGCGUAAAGAACGGCGGCGACAGUGGCAGCAGCGAUCCUUGGGCCACAAUGACGAAGGCGAAUGGCAAAGCUUCCGCGGCUCCCACUUAUUCUAGCAAGGGAUGGGGUAAUAUGCAGGCCAAUGGAUCUGGUAAAGCUCCAGCUCCAAAGACGAACGCCACACCAUCAUCCUGGACGAGCGGCCCUCCAGGUCUCUCGAAGCCUACAUCCCACCCAUUGACUCCACCUGGCCUCCCGCCCAAACCUCAGAACAAAUCCCAAUCCUUCUUAUCUUCGUCUCCAGCCGCGUCAUCUAAUAACACACGAUCCACUUCGCCCCUCAACCUCGUCGCACCUACCCCCAACUGGGCCGACGAGGUGGAACUCGAGAGUAUGAUGAACGGAGGCGGAGGUAAUUCUGACGGAAGCCGUUCCCAAUCCAGGUCUGCAUCCGUCACCGGAAGCAUUUAUACGGGCAGCCGACCUCACUCGGUGUGGAAUCCGUAUGAGGGUGACGAGGACGACGAUGUCGAAGGUCCGAGUGCGAAUGCGGUGUUUACCGCUCCGUCGAUUCAUCCACAAUCUUCGGUGACCCCAUUCAGCGAUCACGAUCUUCCGUCGCAGGGCGGCAUUUCUGUCCUAGGUGGCCCUCGCGAUGAGCAGGAUUGGGAAGACAGCGCCAGUGUUGUGGGGCAGAAUGACGGGAAGAAGGAUGAAUGGGUAUGCAGCAUCCAUGGGCCCAUACUCUGUACAAAGGGGAUAUGUCAGGAAUAUACGAAGGAGAAGAGGAGGAAAGAGAGGGAACAGAAGGAUAAAGAGAGGGCGGCAUCCAUGGCUUCCAACACCGGUAAAAGGGGGAGGAAUAGAAAGAAGGGUGGUGCCACAGGUGCAUCGACCUCGGGAGGUGAAUUGGGAAGGAAUGGUGGGAGUAACGUUGCGAGUGAUGAUAACUUGCAGAGGGCUGGCAGUCGAACCGGGAGCGUUAACUCUCGCACUACAACCAAUGGACCCACCGCUUCAUCUACUGCUAGAACUCCUUCUCCUGAUGAGGAACUCCAAUCCAACAUUUCAUCUCUUUCGAAGAACCCACCUGCACCUCGAUCAUCCGCCUCCUCCCAAUCUCCCUCCCAAUCCGACGGCGGUGGCUCCGACGCUUCUACCCCGGUCACCUCGACCCAAGGACAAGACGACAACAAGGACGACGGCGACUCUUGGUCCCGCUUCGGUAUCGACGAAGAGGACGAGGAAGAAGAUGAGGCCGAGUUCGGUGUGCCUACUGCAACUAACGUCGUCGUCAUGCGCGCUGUGGUGGACGAGGGCGCUACGCCAAUGAUGAACAAUGGCUGGGAAGAUAUGCAAUCCGCUGAUGAAUCGCCCGCGGCUCCAUCGAACACGGCCAAGCAGGAUGAUCCGUGGGGAGAUACCCCGACGAAGACCGUGAAGGGGACGACCACUGCUACGACCACCAUUCCGGCUAUCUGGCCUUCGCGUGAUCGAACAACGAUUCUGAACCCCGGAGCACCGACAUACAAGCCUUGGACUGCCCCUUACGCUUCUUCAUCUCCCAAGGACUCUCCCCCUCUACCUUCUUCAAUCUAUAACGGGCCGACCCCUACAAAAAACUCUUGGAACACCCAAAAGAAAGUAGGGCCGGUGAAACAGGAGGGUGCGGAUUGGAAGAGUGGACCGAGGAAGGUUUGGGAUACCGGGUCUGCGGUGGGUAGAAGUCUCGUUAACGGGAACGCGAACAGCAAUGGGGAUGAGAACGAUGGCUGGGGUCAUGUUUCGAAAGGACCUUGGGACGACCCGGAUCCAGUUCCAUCCGGUGGCCAGGGUCGCUCGAAGGGUGUGGGUGGCUGGAACGCUCCCGUUGCCAGUGGUGGCUCGAAGCAGAGAGUAGACGAUGGACGGGGUGCGGGUAGUUCUAGUAGCGGAGGGAGUGGUGGAGGUGGUUGGAAGACUCAGGCCAGAGUUGGAGGUGGGAAUGGCGGGAGCAACGGUGGCGGUGGCAAGGGGAAGAAGUCGAAAGAAAAAGGACAGGGUGGCAAUGGAGGUGGUGGCGGUGGCGGUAGUAGCGGAAACGCUCCUGGCGGCGGGCGAAACGUACCCGGGUCCUCGGGCUGGUCGAACCCCAACAAUAACUCUAACAACGCUCCUAAGCCCAAGGGCUGGCAGGACAACGUCAGCGUCGGACCUUGGUAAUUCUCAGUUCAGGCUAUGAUCGUCGUUUCAUCUUCGUCCCUUGUACUCUAUAUGAACUCCUCGCUUUCUUCACUCAACAUGCUGUCUCCUCUGGUAUAGCUCCAUCUAUGCUUCCUCGUUCAUGAAAACAAACUCGUAUUCAUAUUUCUUGUCCAUCCAUAACCCGUAAAUACUUCACAUUCAGUUGUCACAUUGCUUUCUACAAACGCUCAUCGCCUCUCGCUAUGUUUGUUUUGUCCUCGCUAUCGUGUCUCUUGCUAUGCUUCCCAUCAUACUUGUGCUUUUGUGUACGAUAUCGUUCUAUGUGUGCAUCUCGUAAACACCCGUGUAUCUCCAUCACCAUACUCGAAUGAACAAUUGGCGUCCCGGGUUCUGAUGCGUUGAAC